AUGGGUUUAGAUUCCUGUCUGAUCACUGCCCAGCGGUAUGGACACCGUCGUCCACUAUCCCUUGACAAUGCCAUUCGUUACGGCAACCUAUCUCCAGCCUUUACCCUGGCGUCCUUCAAGUUCCUCAAAGGCGUCUACGAUGUUUUACAUGAGCAUCAAGAGCAGUUCCAAGACUUCCUCGAUUGGGUGUCCACUGUCCUCCACAAGCAUCACCCAGAUUUAGCUGCCCACCUUCAGCACGAGCUCGACCACAACAUUGGAGAAUGCCUCACCACCAUAUUCCCAUCGACCGAUAUGACCAUCCCGGCAACAUCCUGUUUCACCAAGGAGCGUUGGCUAGAUCAAGCCUCCAUGGAUGCAUGUCUCGAUGCAUUCUACGGUUUAUUCAGCACCAAUGCCAACAUUUUCAUCUUCACUAUCUAUAUCAGCACUUUGGUCAGCAGCGACAACGACAGCUCCGGAUGGCCUGCCUUUCAUAAUUGCAUCUUUGACGUCUAG